CAGGAUCAACAUAACUCCGACUGACCCCAAGCAGCGAGGAAGCAGCUGCAGCCUGUUCAAUUCAUAAGAAGAUUUAAACAGAUUUAAUACCGCGGGGUGUUUGUGUAGUCACAGUUUCAGUACUGCAGGCAUCGACGGAGCUGUUAAAAGUUAGACAAUAUAAAUAAAGCACACUCGGAGAGCCCAGCGACUCGGGUAAGUUGUUUGUAGAAGCAGUGAGCUAGCUAACUAAGUAGGCUAACAAAGUGUAGCCGCUAAUGCUAACCGGCUAGUCAUGUUGUUGAUUAUGUUCUUUUGUUUACCUAUUAAACUUUUUAAAGUUUUGUGACUUAGCUUGUCAUUCUUUAACUUUAUACCUUGGCACGUAAAUGCAUACUUGUCAAGCUGCUAUUGGAUGUUGUUAACAUGUAAUCUGUAGCUGGUUUGAUGUGUUAGGAGCUGUUGCUGUGUUUUUGUUUGUGUUUUUAGCCAGUUGUGCUUGCGUAAUUUAGACAGCGGUCUCCGGCCAAGGCAUUAAAGACUUGAAUAAUAGCUCUUCUUUGUUGCACUGCAUUGUUAGGGCUUGCAGCAUUGUUGUGGGUCUUUAAUAUGAUUGUUGUCCUCUUAGCUUGCGUUCAUUAUCCCACAAAUCCCCUACACAAGUAGCAUGACCAAAUAAGCCCGGCGUUAUAAUUCAGAAGUAUUUUGGUGGCUGUGUUGCACCCGGUUGGCAGGUUGAAUUGUUCGCUGUUCUUGUUUUACUUGUUACCAGAAUUCCUUGAAAAACUAAGGGCAAGUUGCAGGGCCUAAAGGUCAGGGUUCAGGUUUGCCUUGAAAGUCCUGGAAGAACUGGUGUGACCAUGAAACCUAAGAUGGGUGUUGUGAAAUGUUAGUGAACAGCGUAAAGGUUUACAGUGCAUGUGGAGGGAUCGGGGACAGGGCUUUUUGAAGGCACAUGUGUGCUAUUAAAUGGUUGCAUAGAUGGUAUAAUGUAACACCAACAUGUUUUGUUCCAGCUGAACCUAAAAACAGGGGUGUUACCAUGACGUGUGAGAUUUCUCAACAAAUCAAAUCUGUUUAUCAUUUGGUUUCAGGGUUGGACACCUUCUCCAGCUACCAUUAGGGGAAUAAAAUGGAGAAUCUACACCCCCACUGCCUUAAAUGCAUCAAUAGAAGAUGCAUGUUGAGACCAGAGACGGGUGUUUCCUGUGACCUCAUUGGCUGUCCUCUUGUCUGUGGGGCAGUUUUUCACUCGUGCAAACUAGAUGAACAUCGUCUGCUGUGUCCCUAUGAACGCCUCCCUUGCCUCAACAGUGGGUUUGGCUGCCCUUUCACUAUUGCAAGGGUCAGGAUGGCACAACACCUUGAGACGUGUCCUGCAAGUAUAGUAUGUUGUACUAUGGAGUGGAACCGCUGGCCCGUCAGCUAUGCUGAUCGCAAGUCCUAUGAAAACUUGAGCAAAGACUUUGAUGAGGUGGAGCAGUUAGACAUGGCUUUGGCUCUUCAGGAUCAAAGGAUGCUGUUAGAGUCCCUUAAGGUCACGACCACUGUGUCGAAGAAUGGAGAUAAAGAAUUAGAUGAAAGUGAUAAAAUGGCCACAGCGUCAAGUUUACCAGAGACAGUGUUAGGUAAUGGAACAGUGGAAAUGGAAGAAGAGCCCUUUAAUGAGCUGUACAGGGCUUCAGUGGAGACGAGGAGAAAUUUAGCUGCUGCCUUGGACAUCCUCACUAAUUCCAAGGACAUUGAUGUAAUUGUUGGAAACUUAAAUGGCGAAAAGACUGAUAAGAAUGGAGCACUCCAUAAUGGAGAAAAUGGUGAUAGCCAUGGUAUUUAUGUCGCUGAAGGCGGGAAGAAUGUAGAUAUGCAAGAAAGUGACUCUGAUUCAGAGUGCGAGCUGGGAGCAGUGGGCGGAGUGGAGAGCGCUGCUAUAGUUGAUGGAGAAGAAGAUGGUAUAAACUGGGUUGAAGAAAAUGAUUUUGUUGAGUUGCUUUUUGAUGAGAAGGAAGACGACAUUGAUGAACCGAUAAAUGAUUCCAACCUUGUCUGGCCAGAGAUGCCUCAGAAUUACAUGCCUGUUGUAGCACUGGAACCUCCUGUGCCUCAACAAGAACCACUUGCACCUCCGAUGCCAUUCCUACUGUCCGAUCAUGUGAGAAAUAACUUCUUGCAACACUUACCCACUGAACUCAGGUACAGGUGCUUGGAGCGUAAGCUACAGAAUGUAGAAGUGCUCAGAGGAAUAAGUAUGUUUACAUUUAAUGGACGUCGGGCCCUGCUGUCAGAUCCUUAUUUGUUUCGAGCGAAGAUGGAGGACAAGGCAGUUGACACAUCUGACCUGGAGGUAGCAGAUGACCCCAUGGGCCUCCAUGGCAUUGACCUUAUCACUGCAGCUUUGCUUUUUUGCCUUGGCGAUUCUCCAGGAGGCAGAGGAAUCUCAGACAGCAGGUUUGUUGAUGGCUACCACAUUGAUUUUGGUACGCAAACAUUCUCCUUCCCUUCUGCCAUUCUUGCAACCAACACCAUGGUGGGGGAUAUUGCUUCAGCUUCAGCCUGCGAUCACGCCAGUCCACAGCUUUCCAACCCCAGCCCCUUCCACACUCUCAGACUGGACCUAGUGCUUGAAUGUGUGGCCCGAUACCAAACCAAACAGCGCUCCAUGUUCACAUUUGUGUGUGGGCAGCUGUUCCGACGAGAUGAAUUCUCAUCUCAUUUCAAAAAUGUUCAUGGAGAUAUUCAUGCUGGACUCAAUGGCUGGAUGGAGCAGCGCUGCCCCUUGGCCUACUACGGCUGCACCUACUCCCAAAGACGAUUUUGCCCAUCUGUUCAGGGCUUCCGGAUCAUCCACGACAGGCACCUGGGUUCUUUCGGGGUGCAGCCUGGUUUGCCGUUGAAAACUGGGGACACGCGCCUAAGAAAGAACUGCCAGUUUAGCUCUCAGUGUGACCAGUUCAGCAGUCUUCCGUUUGAAGUUUUGCAGCACAUAGCAAGUUUUCUGGACAGCUUUAGCUUGUGCCAGCUCUCCAGAGUGUCCCGCAUCAUGAGAGAUGUGUGUGCCAGCCUGCUGCAGAUGCGUGGCAUGGUCGUUCUGCUGUGGGAGAAGAAACGGCGUGCCGAUGGGUCUCCCUCAUGGCAGAUCACAAACAAGGUGUGGCGAUUCAGCACAGCCUUUGGUACAGUGAACGAGUGGAAAUUUGCAAACAUCGCCAGCAUGGCUGAUCACCUCAAGAAAUGCAAAUUCAACACAAUUGCUCGUCGGGAGGAGGCGAUCCCUCUGCCAUGCAUGUGUUUCACCAGAGAGCUCACAAAGGAAGGGAGGUGUUUACGUUCAGUUCUCAAACCAGUAGCAUAAACAAUGAGGUCAUCCUUCAGACUCCUCUGGGUCCUACAGAACUCAAAUGCACAUUUUUCCUCCAGUGUUUACAGAAAUUAAGACUCUUCCGGCCUCAGAAAGACAACUCUUGGUUGAACUUUACCUGUGGUUCUCUGCUACACAGUGGAAACAGGCUUCAAUCCCUGAAAUAAGACAAAGCCAGUAGUGAGCUGACAUAUACUUCAGCUGAGGCUGACCUGCUGCAGUUACACAUCAGGACUGUAAAAAAGCAAAUUGAAGUUCUAGCGUUGUAUCUUCCUCUCUGAUAUUAAUCCUGGUGUACUGAAGUUGUAUCUUUACCUACUCUGACACUGUGUAAAUAAUCGAAUGUUUUUGGUGUAGAAUUUUUAAACAAUUUUUAUAUCAAAAAGUCAGUACUGUGCUACAUUGGUAAGAGUAGAGCCUUAACUUGAGAUACACUUGAUUUUUCUCAUCAUGAGGUCGUUCAGAACAUCUCAGUGAGAUUUCUCCACUGCUUCAAGCUAGAACAGUUACUGCUAUCUAGAACGCAUUGACAUCUUCUUUAGAUACCUACAGUGACCAUGUGUGUACUGCUUAGAUUUCACAGCGUUAAUUCUACAUUUUCACAUUGACCAAACUUCUGUGCUCCACUUUACAGGAUGAUUGAACUGCAUCACCAUUGGUGUUAAAUUCUGUUCACCAGCAUGAGCAUGCUCACACCUUUUUUUUUCUUUUUUUUUUCUUUUGUUUUUUGGGCAUGUUUUAGCAGUCACAACAGUGGUCCACCCUCAACUUUUUUUUCACACUUCUGACUAAGAGCCGGCUUUGUUAGUCAGGGUACAGAGACGUGAAGCAACACUAUUUACCAGUUGAGUGUCAGUACUAUUUUUUUUUUUUUUUUUUUUUCGGUUUGUUUUUUAAGCCAUGGUUGGCUUGUGGUUUUUUUACCAGCUAUUUUGACAAGUAACCAGCAAUUAUUUAGAGGUUCUUUUCUUCAAAAAUCUAAAUGUAGCGAAGUCAAAUAAUGAAUGUACCUGGUGAAUCAUCAGUGACUGGUUAGCAGGAAGCAUGGUUUCCUUCCCCUCAGUGUCAGACCUCAACAAAUCCUGCAGGCCAGGUUCUAGGAAAAAUAACGGGCACACACUUCCCUCCUUUAAUAAGCACCAUUAACUAUGUUCAUAUUCACUAUUUAUCAUGUUUUUAAGUUGUUGUUUGUUUUUUUUCUUUUUGGCACUACAUGUCCGCUAUGUUCACAUGUUGUUGGUGUCUCAGGGUCGUAUCAUGAAGCUUCGUCUCACCGUAGUGUAUUCGAAAAAAUUGCUGAGAAUGCCACGACAGCUGGUCAGCUGCUUUAUUAUUACAGGAUCCGUGGGGAACUGUUUCAGUAUUAUAGUGGUGUGAGUUGCAGUGCUGAAAUAACAUGGUUUUCAUGUUUAUCAGUAAGGUUUUGUUUGUUUGUUUUUUUUAAACGUAUAAAUCUUCAUGAUUGGGCUUGUUGAACAAAUUUUUUUUUUUAGUCUGAAUUAAGAAAUUUGAUGUAACAAAACUUGUAGUUCCCAUAUAUAGAAAAAAAUCUUCAAAAACCUUUUGAAACUGGUUUAAAAUGACAGAAAUGUCAUUAGUUAGUGAUGAAAUAUGGGUAUGGUGUGUGCGUGUCUUUUUCUUUUGGAUGUAGGAAAGCCCAAGCUGUGUCAAAACUAAACUCUCUUUUUCAGUUUGCGUGAUUUUUUUUUUUUCUUCUUUUUUUUGUACUGGUACAUUUUUUUUUGUUUGUUUUAAGAAAUGUAAGUCUGCCUCUGUUAGGUCUGGAUUUGAAUUACUGAUUUGCACAUGACGGCAUGUACUGUAAAAUUUAAAUCCUAAAUCUGACAGGUUGUCUUUGUUGAAGCAGCAAGAAUGCUACUCCUUCCUGUUCUGCAUGUAAUCAGUCCAGUUACAGGCUAAUUUAUACAGUUUGUUUCUCAGGCACCACGCAUUAAUAUUAGUACAUUUUAUGUCCUUUCUUAUAUUAUAGAAAGAAAGAAAGAGAAAGAAAGAAAGAGAGAGCGAAAGAAAGAAAGAAAAAGAAAUCAGCAAAACCUGACGAGAUGCACUAACUCUUUGGCGUUAAAGUUGCCUGAGCGAGUUGAAUGAGGAACUGAGCAUGCAAAUCAGGCUUUUAUUCUGUGGAUGUUCAUGCAUGUAAGACAGAUAUGAGGUUUUCUUCUCCAGAUCACUUUUUGUUUUGCAGUCUUUGCACCUGGAGUGUAUCAGCAUUUUGAUCAGUAUUUUGGGUUAAAUUAUCACUCCUGCUGAUGUUUUUUUUUGUUUUUUUUCUUUUGGUUUGUUUGUUUUGUUUUUUUCACCACAGUAUGCCAACUUCAUUUGUUUGACUUUUGGUCCAUUUUAAUAAAGAGACUCUUGAGUU